AUGGAGAGAGAAAAACUGUAUACAGCCCUAUUUCUUGCCUCACUCUUACGCGUGCCUCAAUCAAACAGCGCGGAGAACUUCAGACGGGAUGGGCAAUCCGGAGUGAAUUACGCUCAUUUUGUGAAGAAUCCCUUUCAAAGACUAAAUACUGCAGUCGUUGAUAGUUUAAUAGUAUCUCGAACUCUGGAAUGUACUUACCGCUGUGUCAAUCACCAAGAAUGUUACUCAGUUAAUUUUGCCACAGCUUCAUUAAAGUGCGAGCUGCUAAAUGCUGACAAGUUUCAAAACUGGGCUGAUGUGGUUUAUAGUGAAACCUGGGACCACUACAAUAUUAAGUGCGAGCUGCUAAAUGCUGACAAGUUUCAAAACUGGGCUGAUGUGGUUUAUAGUGAAACCUGGGACCACUACAAUAUUAAGAGCCCGUGCAUGAGCAAUCCUUGCCAAAAUGGAACUUUAUUUUGUCGGCCUAACUACGAUCAAGACGAUUAUCAAUGUGUUGGCAAACCAGGUUAUAGCGGAAUAUUCUAUGAAACAGAGCGCUUUGUAAAUAUUUUCAUCCGAAGCGAAGGUUACGAUGAUCCAGGAAAAACUUCAAAGACAGGCGUUACUUACAUCAGGGUGAAUGGCACAGAAUACUCACCAAAGAGACGUGGAGAUAAUGUUGUUGUUGUGGAUGGUGCAACAGGUUCCUUUCUGAAGGCAACAUCAUUUGAUACUCAUGGAGAUCGCUCGUCUGGUACUCGUAUGCUCGACUACCUUAACGGUCUAAGUGGAAACAAAAUCGUUUUGGUCGCCGUUCAAGAUCAAGGCUCCCACCACAUGUCCUCAGCGAUUGCUGCUCUUAAGAGACUGGGCGCCCAUGAUCCUGUGCAGUUAAAGUACCGAGAAUCAUUUGCUCUCGCAGGAUACGCAGGAGGAACCAAACCAUCGUGGAUAACACAAAAACAAGCCAGUAAAGGACGAGGCCCUUCUGAAUUUACCCUGAAAAUUUCUUUACCAACAGUGUAAUCGCAGGAAGCUGAAUUACGAUGCCUACGAUUCAUCAACAGUUGGACGUCUAAACUUUGAUAAUAACUAUGAGGUAAUAUAAUCAUGAUCAAGAUAAAAAAGGACGCAAGAUAUGUACGACGCAGUCAGUUCCGGGAGACUUUAAUGAUUUAUCACUUCAAUUUCAUGAAACCGCAGUACACAUGUAUGACUUUCAUAUAUUCAAACCCAUUGAUACAUCACUUCGACGGGUUUAAUGAGAACCAACAUAAUGACCAGCUCCCAACUGGCUUGUUUGCUCAGUUGGUUAUAGCACUG